GCGGGGCGGGGAUUGCGCUCGCUCGGUCGGCGGCGGCGGUAGAGACGGUGGCGAAGGGAGGCCGCAGGCGGCGGCGGCAGCAGCAACAACAACAACAACAACAACAACAACAACAGCAGCAGCAGCGGAAACCGCGGCAGCAAGGGCCCGCAGUAGCCAGUCAGGGCCCUCGGGGUGACGCCCCGCAGCUCCAGCAGGCCCAGGCCUCGGGCCGCUCCCUCCUGGCUCCCGGCCCCGGAGCCGCCAUGUCGGAGCUCAAGUCGGCGUCGGACACCUACAAGGGCUGGCUCUUCAAAUGGACCAACUACAUCAAGGGAUACCAGCGGCGCUGGUUCGUCCUGAGCAACGGACUGCUCAGUUACUACAGGACCCAGGCAGAGAUGGGCCACACCUGCCGUGGGACGAUAAACCUGGCCACUGCCAACAUCACCGUGGAGGACUCGUGUAACUUCAUCAUCUCCAAUGGGGGAGCUCAGACCUACCACCUGAAGGCCAGCUCUGAGGUGGAGAGGCAGCGCUGGAUCACCGCCCUGGAGUUGGCCAAGGCCAAGGCAGUCAAGAUGCAGGCUGAAUCAGAUGACUCUGCAGAUGAGGAGCCAGCCUCGCAGACGGACAAGACAGAAGUACAGAACACGCUCCGGACCCUCACCAGCAAGGUGGAGGAUCUAUCGACGUGCAAUGACCUCAUCGCCAAGCACGGCACGGCCUUACAGCGCUCGCUGAGCGAGCUGGAGAACCUCAAGCUGCCUCCCGAGAGCUCGGAGAAGAUUAAACAAGUCAACGAGCGAGCUACACUCUUCCGUAUCACCUCCAAUGCCAUGAUCAACGCUUGUCGCGAUUUCCUGCUCAUGGCACAGACUCACAGCAAGAAGUGGCAGAAAGCCCUCCAGCACGAGCGGGAGCAGCGGAUCCGGCUGGAGGAGACACUAGAGCAGCUGGCCAAACAGCACAACAACCUGGAGCGGGCGUUCCGUGGAGCCACGGUCCUCCCGGCCUCCAGCGCGCUCAGCACCGGCUCCGUCAAAGGGAGUACCAGUAGCCGGGACCUGAGUGACGAGGACGAUGAGAAUGAGUUCUUCGACGCGAUGGAGGACGUGGCGGAGUUUAUCACUGUACAGGCUGAUUCACGGUACCACAGAAGGACGGGCAGCAACAUCAGUGGAGCCAGCAGUGAAGGAAACUUUGAAGAUCAAAUAUUGGAAGAGCAGACGUCCAGCAGCAACACCAGCUCCAGCACCAGCACUGUGGAACUGGCCAACAAAGAGAGUGGGAGCAAGCAGGACCGGAGGUCCCGCAUUCCCGACAAACCCAACUACAGCCUCAACCUCUGGAGCAUCAUGAAGAACUGCAUCGGGAAGGAGCUGUCCAAAAUCCCAAUGCCGGUUAACUUCAACGAACCCCUGUCAAUGCUGCAGCGAUUAACGGAGGACCUGGAAUAUCACGAGCUCCUGGACAAGGCCUCCAAGUGCGAGAAUGCCUUAGAGCAGCUGUGCUACGUGGCUGCCUUCACCGUCUCCUCAUACUCCACCACCGUCUUCCGAACGGGAAAACCUUUCAACCCCUUGCUCGGGGAGACCUUUGAACUAGAUCGAAUGGAAGAUGAAGGUUUCCGCUCCAUCUGUGAGCAGGUGAGUCACCACCCUCCGGCCGCUGCCCAUCACGCAGAGUCCAAGUAUGGCUGGACGCUGAGACAGGAGAUAGCCAUCGCCAGCAAGUUCCGAGGCAAAUAUCUAUCCAUCAUGCCCCUGGGCACCAUCCACUGUACCUUCCAUCAAAGCAGCAACCACUACACGUGGAAGAAAGUCACCACCACCGUGCACAACAUCAUCGUGGGCAAAUUGUGGAUUGACCAGAGUGGGGAGAUCGACAUCGUGAACAAGAAGACGGGGGACAAAUGCCACCUAAAGUUUGCACCUUACAGCUAUUUCUCCCGUGAUGUGGCACGGAAGGUCACUGGCGUUGUGAUGGACAGCAUGGGGAAAGCUCAUUUCAUCCUCUCAGGCACCUGGGAUGAGAAGAUGGACUAUUCGCGGGUCCUGCACAGCAGCAAAGGAGAGAACAGCGCGGAGGGGAGGCAGAAGACUGUGUACGAGACCCUGCGGGGGAAGGAGCUGUGGAAGAGGCACAAAACGCCCGAACACGCAGACACGAUGUACUACUUCUCAGAGCUGGCACUGACCCUGAACGAGCCGGAGGAAGGGGUCGCCCCCACUGACAGCCGCCUGCGGCCUGACCAGAGGAUGAUGGAGAACGGCAGGUGGGACGAUGCUAACACGGAGAAGCAGCGGCUGGAGGAGAAACAGCGAGCCGUGCGGCGUAAGCGGGAAUCUGAUGCCAGCAGGACAUCGGAAGGAGCCACGCACGUGGAGUCGAGUUAUCGGCCGUUGUGGUUUGAGAAACGCGAGGACCCUUACACCAAAGAGCUGGUGCACCUCUACAAGGGUGGCUACUGGGAGGCGAAGGAGAAGCAAGACUGGCACCUGUGCCCGGAUAUCUUCUGAAGCCCAGUGUGCCCACUGCCCGGUGUGUGUGUGUGUGUGUGUGUGUGUGUGUGUGUGGGGGGGUGUGUGUGUGUGUGUGUGUAUGGGUGGGGCAGGCAACUGGCCUGGACUUGGACUGAGCCAUCGCUUCUGUCUGAUUUCCCCCCAGUGGGAGAGCCAGGAGGGGAAGAGCCUUGAAAGCCGAGGGGGAUGUUCACUUUCUCCCUCCUUCCGUCCCUCCCUCCCUCCCUCUCUUUCCGUCACUCCCGGGUGAAGAUUUCCAGCCACCAGGAUGAAAGAGGACCCAGUUGUAAAAUGGCACCUGAUAUAUUCUAUAUAAAAAAAAAAAUCAAAACUGUUCAUCGGGUUCUUUGAGAAAUCCGGCCUUCCUUUCUCAGACUACUCCCUCACCGCCUGUGGCCAUGUGGACCUUUUCUUUUUCGACCGUGUGCUCCUUAAUUCCCUCUGUCACCUGGGAGCUGCCGGGAUGACCCGGGCCUCCUGGGUGAUCGCUGGGGUUUUGUCCCUUUGUUUCUUCAUUCCUCGGACCCGCUGCUGGGACUGGUGGUGGGAAAGGGGUGUGGUGGGGUGGGAAGGUAUUGGGGAAGCCUGGUGGGGUCACAGGCAGCCGGAGGAAGGGAAGACCUGCGCGUGUACCCAGGCUGUCCACACUUCCCUGGCUGGGCCUCGAGUGCAGCCCGCCCUUGCCCCAGGGUGCGUGGGCUCCCUUUCAGAGCAGGCGUGGUGGGUGAGACGCGUUAACCUUGGCGUUGAGGAGUAGGGGGUUGGAGUGGAGUGAAGGGGUGGUUGGGCCUGUGCGCCUGCCUUUGAGCUGAAAGGAUCAGGUUCACAACUCCUGGGGAUUGAUAGGGUGGACUUCAGACCCGAGCUGCAGUUUCUACAGCUCAUGGGUUCCGCUGCUUGGUGACAAGGUCGGGUGGGGUGGGGCUGCUGUGUAUCUUUUUGUACAGAAACUGGUGCUGAGGUGUGAGAAGAUGGAUGGAGAGCGAGUGAGUAUGAGAGAGAGAGAGUAUCCUUGGGGGUUUCCCGAUAUGGGAGAGUUGGUGAGAAUGGAAGGGAGGGAGGGUGUGAUGCAUGUUCAGCUCCGCACUGCUGAGUGUGUGUGUGUUGGGGGGGGAGGGGGUGAGUAGGGAGGAAGGAGGAGGGGGCUAGGUCAGUGCAGCAGGGCCGAAUAUCUCCCCAAACCUCCCCCCCCACCCCCCCACACCAGCCAAGUUGAGACCAAGUGGCUCAAUGCAUUGUAAGGUGACGGGGUGGUAAACGGCUGUGGUGGGGUGAGAGUGGGUGCACAUCUCCACCUUUUGAAAUGUCAGCCAUGUGGGCUCAGUGCGUAGAGCACCCCCUUGCUGAGAGGAGGUCCUGAGCCUGAUCUCCCCCCCACCCCACUUUGCUCGCUCCACAAAGUCCAGCCCACUCUGCCCAUCAUCCAGACUGACACUCGCCCCCCACAAACACCCAGCAGCCUCCCCCCUCCUCCUCCUCCUCCCCCUCACCCCCUCCGCCCCCACACUUCUGAUACAGAGGGAGUGACGCACUGUCGGAGGAGGAGGCACAGCUGCAGGAGUGCCACACGAGCGGGAUGAGGCGCUAAGCUCGAAGUGGGGGGGCACUGGUGCCCCUCUGCCCAAUCAUCUGGGCAUCAAAGAUCCCACCGCCACCAUUUUGAAGAACAACAGUGGAUGGGGAGUGUGGAAGGGGAGAGAUUCCACACCACCCCCCCCCCGCCACCAACCAGCCUCCCCUCCCCCUCCCCCUCCCCCCCCCCCAACUUCCCUCCCUCUCCAAAGUCCUGGGGCCCAACUAUAACAUCCCUCAACCAACAUCACCUUUUUAAAAAUAACACAUGACAAAGGAAAACACACGGAUCAUCUGGUCGUUGAUCACAUUGCAGUUUGUGGGAUCUUGCUGUGCGUGGAUUGGCUGCCGCGUUCCCUACACUACAAACACUGAUUACAUUUCAAAUAAAAUACUUUUUGUUGCCUGUAAA